AUGCCACCACCAACAGACCUCCCAAUCCACUCAUUCCCCAACGCCUCGGCCCUCGAGUCCUUUCUCGAACACUCACACACCCAAAUCCCCGGAUUUCAUCUAAAAAUUGCCAAAAAGGCGUCCGGCAUCCCCUCCGUCUCCGCCGCCGACGCAGUCCAAGUCGCGCUUUGUUUCGGCUGGAUUGAUGGACAGGCCAACUCCUUUGACGCAGACUGGUAUCUGACCCGCUACACCCCGCGUCGUCCCAAAAGUAUCUGGUCGCAGAAGAAUGUGGACACUGUAACGCGCUUGUUGCAGCAACAGCAGGAAGACGAGGGGAAACCACAACAACAACAACAACAUGCUUUCCGCAUGCGUCCAGCGGGGAUUUCGGCAGUUGAAGCAGCCAAGGCAGAUGGCCGAUGGGCGCGCGCGUACGCGGGACCCGCGACGAUGACGGUUCCUGAUGAUUUUGCGGCGGCGUUGGCUGCGGUGCCAGCUGCCCAAGGGUUUUUUGAGAGGCAGAGCAAGACUGCAAGAUAUACAGUGCUAAUGAAACUGUAUACGGGCGCUGAGCGGACGCGAGCGAAGCGGAUUGCCGGGUUGGUGCAGUUGUUGGCAGAGGAGAAAAUGCCGGGGGAUACAAAGUCGACUGUUUUAAAGAAAGGUGCUACUAUAAAGAAAGUCGCGGUGAAGAAAGCUGCUGUUGAAAAGGCAGCUGUCGAAAAGCGCAAGGCUUUGUUGGAAGAUGGCGACGAGGAUAUCCCUACAAGGGCAAAGACGCGGCGUGCUGGACUACGUCGGAGAUACAUGCAUAGACAUCCUGUAUCCAGCGGCUCAGACCUCCGCAACCUACACGCCUUCAGCAAAUACACCCCAAUCCCCGGCCACGAAGCCGUCGGCACCAUCGUCCAACUCGGCCACAACACUCCUACUAAAUGGUUGCAUCGCCGCGUGGGCAUAAAAUGGGUCUGGCAGGCCUGCGGUUCCUGCUCACUAUGUCUUCGUGGCCAGACAAACCACUGCCCAAACCAACUCAACACUGGGCGUAGCGUGCAUGGCACAUUGCAAGAAUACGCGCUUGCGAGACCGGCGUUUGUCAGUCUUGUGCCGGAUGGUUUGGACUCGAAACUGGCGGCGCCGUUGAUGUGUGCGGGGCAUACGCUUGUUGGUGCUGUUUCGAAGCUGGAUGCUCAUCUUGCUGCUGCUGCUACUGCUGCUACUACUAGUAGUAGUAAUACUACUGGUGAUAAACCGGUGGUGGUAGUGCUCGGCGCAGGCGGAGGACUGGGCCAUCUCGGCGUACAGAUUGCGCGACACCGGGGAUAUCGCGUAGUCGCCAUUGACGCAGGCGCCGAAAAGGAGAAACUGUGCCUCUCGCUCGGCGCUGAACAUUACAUCGACAUCACCACUACUUCCGACAUACCCACUCGCAUAAAACAACUAAUAGACGACAGCGAAGAAGAAGCCGCGCACGCCGCCAUUAUUGUCUCUGGCGCCGAGGACGCAUUCAGUCUUGCGCCACGGCUUGUACGCAACGGCGGCGUGCUUGUUGUUGUGGGACUGCCCAGGAAUGAUUUCUUGUUUCCGGUCGCGCCGAUUGAGAUUAGCAGUCGUGGGUUAAGCAUUGUGGGAGCGAGUGCUGGCACGGAGACGCAGAUGGAUGAGUUGUUGGCGAUGGCAGACGAGAAAAUCGUGGUGCCUAGAGUUGAGGUUGUUGCGUUUAAGGAAGAAGAAGUAGCUACGGCGUUUCAGAGGUUGGAGGAUGGAGAUGUGGUGGGGAGGUUGGUUGUGCGGGUUUCUUAG